ACUCCUCCAGAAGUUGUCAGGCAGCUUCGGGCUGAGCCCAGGGGACCGAGGGAGCCACGGGGAGUGGGCACAACAUUGAGGGAUUCGUAGGUGCCGGGCUUUGUGACCUCACUGGGGCCCUUCUUCUCUGACACUUGGUCGGAAACAGACUUCCCAAAAGGCGGUUGUGUUGCGGGGCGGGGUGGGGGGAAGGACUCGACGGGGAGAGGAGUGGCCCCGUUGGUCACCGGUGCCACGCUGGCUCUCCUGCUCGAGUUUUGGGCCUUGUUUGCAAACGUUGACUUCGUAACCCCCCAAAUCCGAAGUGGGGCCCAUAAAAACGAUACCUAAAAAAAAUCUUGGACACUGAGGUGUAGGGGCAGGAAAGGGUUAAGCGUCAGGGUGCGGAGGGAGAGUUGAAUUGCUCACUUGUGGGUUCGGAGUCCCAAAGAGCAAACAGCCACUGUUUUUUUCUCAAAACAUUCUCACCUCCUCUGGGGUCCGCAGACCUUACAAAGACGGGCUUUGUUGCCAGGAAGGAGUGACCAGGAGUGGAACUCGGAGCCCUUCCGCCAUCUCUCUCCAGGACUAGACACCCCCCCGCCCCCGAACAAGGGAGUGGCCUGGACAGAGCACUGGGGUCACCGAGCUAUUGCUCCUCGUCCCCCAGCCAAAAUGGGACGAUUUCUCCUUCCUCCUCCCUCUCAGCCCUGCAAAACCUAACCCCAGUAUCAUCAAAUAGUAGGAUCUGGAGCCCAUAGACUUUCUCUUGGGAAGCACUGCCUCUAACAAAUGGAGAAACUGAGGACUGGAGGGCGGAGUGCCUGUCUGAGGUCACACAGCCAGGAGUGGCACAGCUGGGGCUGGCACGAAGUCCAGUGGGGAGGACAGAAAAGGGGAGCUGGGAGUGUCCACUCGCCUUCCACCAGCAUGGCAACGUCUUCACAGUACCGCCAGCUGCUCAGUGACUACGGGCCACCGUCCCUAGGCUACACCCAGGGAACUGGGAACAGCCAGGUGCCCCAAAGCAAAUACGCGGAGCUGCUGGCCAUCAUUGAAGAGCUGGGGAAGGAGAUCAGACCCACGUACGCAGGGAGCAAGAGUGCCAUGGAGAGGCUGAAGCGCGGCAUCAUUCACGCUAGAGGACUGGUUCGGGAGUGCUUGGCAGAAACGGAACGGAAUGCCAGAUCCUAGCUGCCUUGUUGGUUUUGAAGGAUUUCCAUCUUUUUACAAGAUGAGAAGUUACAGUUCAUCUCCCCUGUUCAGAUGAAACCCUUGUUUUCAAAAUGGUUACAGUUUGGUUUUUCCUCCCAUGGUUCACUUGGCUCUGAACCUACAGUCUCAAAGAUUGAGAAAAGAUUUUGCAGUUAAUUAGGAUUUGCAUUUUAAGUAGUUAGGAACUGCCCAGGUUUUUUUUUUGUUUUUUAAGCAUUGAUUUAAAAGAUGCACGGAAAGUUAUCAUACAGCAAACUGUAGUUUGCCUCCAAGACACCAUUGUCUCCCUUUAAUCUUCUCUUUUGAAUACAUUUGUUACCCACGGUGUUCUUUGUUCCUUUUCAUAAGCUAAUACCACUGUAGGGAUUUUGUUUUGAACGCAUAUUGACAGCACGCUUUACUUAGUAGCCGGUUCCCAUUUGCCAUACAGUGUAGGUUCUGCUUAAUGUAACUUCUUUUUUGCUUAAGCAUUUGCAUGACUAUUAGUGCUUCAAAGUCAAUUUUUAAAAAUGCACAAGUUAUAAAUACAGAAGAAAGAGCAACCCACCAAACCUAACAAGGACCCCCGAACACUUUCAUACUAAGACUGUAAGUAGAUCUCAGUUCUGCGUUUAUUGUAAGUUGAUAAAAACAUCUGGAAGAAAAUGACUAAAACUGUUUGCAUCUUUGUAUGUAUUUAUUACUUGAUGUAAUAAAGCUUAUUUUCAUUAACAA